CGGGCUCGAGCAUACCCUGGCUAAUCUUCCGACACGUACCCCUGUCAUGGCUGAAGCACCUGGACCUCUGUUGACACGUCGGAUGCCAGCAUGGCAGAGUAAGUCCUAGUCAGCAAAGCCUAAGCCAUUUCUCUCUCCUCAGCCCUUUAAAUUGCCCUCGCUUCAUCGCACCAUUCUCACCGCCCAAACAGCUUCCCGUUUCUCAGUGUUGUUGUCUCUCUUCGUCGUGAGAAAUUCCGUCGGAGACACCAAUCGUUCUCUCUGCCGGUGAUUUGUGAUUGUUCGCCGGAAAGAGGGAUUCCGGGGUUGGAUGAUCGGAAAUAAGAGAAGUGACGUCAUGGUCUCGAUUUUUUCCGUUUCCUUUUUCCUUGUUGGGAAGUUCAACCCUAAUUGUUAGCCCCAAGCAAAAGCGAAGCUGUUUUUAAUUUAACGUAGAAGAUUUUCGAACUUCUUCGGUGUUUGAUAUUGUAAACAAUAAGCGAUGUUUUCUAUGAUCCUGGAGAUAAAAGGUAUAUAGCUGAUUGUUGCUGAGAUUUUUUAUGGCUUUUGCGGAGGAAGUCAUUUCUAACUGAUCCCAAUUUUUGUUUCCGGUUGAAGCUGGUUGAUUUUAUUUAAUAUUUCUUGAAUCAGCCUGAUUUUGCCUUUUCCCACCGGCUUUUCAGUUCGAUUUUGCGUGUAUCGGUGCUUUUUUUUGACAAAUUUCCCAUAUGGAUAAGAUAUAUUUAUAGAUAGUAAGGAUGUUUAGGGAUUAACUUCUUUCGUUGACUAAAUCGGUGUUCAUCGCUAUGGAGAAGUCGAAAUCGGAAGCUGAAAUCCUCAGAAGAUUUAUCAGUAUUGAGCAUUGAUUGUCGAAUCCAGAAGCAUGAAGAUUCAACCUGUUGAUUUCAACCUGCCGGAGGAGCCACCGCCGGUACCGAGACCACAGCUGAGGUCGAGGUUUUGGCGACUUUUCGAAUGGCAGUUUUCCAGCGUUUUGAGAAUCCCGCCGGCGGCUCCUGUCCAGCCGAUCGGCUCCUGUAGUUGCAGCAGAGAUGGCUCGAACGAGUUUGAGCCGAGUACAGCAGGUCUGGCCAGAAUGGUUCAGAGCUUCAUCGAGGGAAGCAGCGAGAGACAGCCUCAUAGGUGCGGAUACCGUACCGACAACUCCGACGACGAUCCAGACUCAUCCAGUUCUUCUCCAUCAGACGUUUGUGAUCUCCUCAAGCAGAGUUUGGUCCCCUGUUUCUGCGUUUCCGAACGGAAUUUAUUAGCAGACGCUGCGCAUGUUAUCGACAGAAGCAAAAUCGGCAAACGUAAAGACGAUUCAGCCCGAAAAAUCUUCACAGACGGAUUGAUUUCUCUCGGAUACAAUGCUUCAAUCUGCAGAUCAAAUUGGGAAAAAUCCAUAUCCUAUCCUUGUGGAGAAUAUGAAUACGUCGAGGUGAUAAUCGGAAGGGAACGAUACAUAGUCGACAUCGAAUUCAGGUCAGAAUUCGAGGUAGCAAGAGCUACAAAGGCUUACAGAGAGAUUCUCCAGACACUGCCUUCAAUAUUCGUGGGACAAUCCAAGCGUCUCAAGAAGAUCAUAACCAUAGUCUCUGAAGCUGCAAGGCAGAGUUUGAAAAAGGAAGGUAUGCCUUUUCCUCCAUGGCGUAAGCCUGAGUAUGUCAAAGCCAAAUGGCUGUCCCCCUACACCCGAAUCUACCCAUGCUCCACUAGCAGAGCUCCAAUUUCUAGAAAUGGCGAUACUGGCUUUAUGCUGGGAAAGGGGUUUCUGAAAUCCCCCUUUCUGGGACGAGAGUACAGUGCAGGUGAGCCAGUGUUUGUUCUGUCUGAAAGUGAGGAAUCCAACGAAGGAGAUACCAUUGCAAAUUUUGGAGGUAUUGGGAAGGGGAAGGAGAAGGAGAAGGAGAAGAAGGGAGUGGUGAUUACGGGCAAUUGUCUGCGAAAGGGAGUGAAGAUUGUGACUGGUUUGGCUUCUGUGACCAAAGAUUAAGCCAUUAUAAUUCUAUUAUUAUUAUUAUUAUAUAUUAAUUAUUAGUAAUUUUAAAUAAUUGUGAAGAAGAUUGGAGUGUAUUUUUAGCCAUGUCUUCUUCCUCGAGGAAGAUGGAGAAGAUUGAGUGUUGUUUAGAGGUGGAGUGACCAGAUUUUAGCAGCUCCUGGGAUCUCAGCACCCUUUUUAAAUUCUCACCCAGCAAUGCCAUUGGGAGCUGACCUCUGUUGUGUUGCCUGGCAUGGGCUGUGGUUGUAUAAAGUAUUAUGGUUCUUGGAUAGUUGAAAAAAUUAUAUAUAUAACAAAUAAAUAAAAUUAUAUAUUAUAUGUA